AUGCCGCGCGCUUCGAACCUCUUCCACGCGCUGCGCGCGCACGCGCCGUCGCGGAUCGCCCUGACGGACGCGUCCGGCGCGCACACGUACGGCGCGCUGCUGCGGCGCGCGGCGCGUCUGCGCGGCGCGCUGCAGCUGCCUGCGCCGGGCGCGGCGGGCGCGGCGGGCGCCGCGCCGCCGCGCGUCGCCGUGCUCACGCGCCCGCACGCAGGCUUCGUCGCCGCGCUGCUCGCGGCGUGGGCCGCCCCGGCCGCCGCCGUCCCGCUCUCGCCGCUGUACCCGGCCGCCGCGCUCGCGCCGCUGCUGGAGGACGCCGCCCCGGCCGCCGUCGUCGCGGAGGACGCCACGGCCCCGCUGCUGCCGCCGCACGUGCGGCGCCGCGCGCUGCUGCUGGAGGACGUGCGCGGGGGCGAGGGGAGCGCGGACCGGGACGGCGAGUAUGCGGCUACGUGCGACGCGCUGGCGGCGCGGUGCGCGCAAGCGCAGAGAGAUGCGGCGAUGCUGCUGUUCACGUCCGGGACGACGGGCCGCGCGAAGGGCGUCGUGUGGCGGCAUGCCAUGCUGGCCUACCAGACGCGCACGCUGUGCGAGGCGUGGCGAUGGUCGAAGGACGACCGCGUAGUGAAUGUCCUGCCGCUGCACCACGUCCACGGGCUGGUUAACGUCGUGCUGACCGCACUGUACGCGGGCGCGCACGUGGAGAUGCACGCACGCUUCGAAGCGGCGCGCGUGUGGGAGGCGGUGACGCGAAGGGACGAGCGAGGCGCCACUGUACUCAUGGCAGUGCCGGCCGUGUACGCCCGCCUGAUCGAGGCGUACGAAGCCGCGGGAGAAAGCCGGCAGGCCGAGAUGAGGGCCGGCGCGCGAGAGGUGCGCCUGUUCGUGUGCGGCAGUGCUGGCCUGGCCAGACGCAACUUUGAAAAGUGGGAAAGCAUCAGCGGACAGCGCAUUCUCGAGCGCUACGGAAUGACAGAGACGGGCAUGACGCUGUCGAACGCGUACGACGACCGGCGGCAGGGGUCGUUGGGGAGGCCGUUGCCGGGCGUGGAGAUGCGCGUGCGGGGGGGAGGCGAGGAGGGCGAGCUGCUGGUGAGGGGGGAAGGCGUCUUCAGGGAGUACUGGCAGCGGGAGGACGCGACACGCGAGGCUUUUGAUGAGGAGGGCUGGUUUGCGACGGGCGACGUCGUCAGGGUCGAGCCACGGGGCGUCAAGAUGCUGGGGAGGGCCAGCGCAGACAUUGUUAACACGGGCGGGUACAACGUGUCGGCCGUGGAGGUGGAGGAGGUCGUGAGGGAGGCGGAGGGCGUGGUGGACUGCGCCGUGAUCGCGUUGCCGGAUCGCGUACUGGGGGAGAAGGUUGUAGCGGCCGUGGUGGCCGGCGCGGUGGGAGUGGAAGGCAAGGUCGCCGAGGUGGCGAAGCGGCUGCUGCCCGCUUACAAAAGGCCGAGACGCGUCAUCGUCGUCGACGAGCUGCCCAGGAAUGUGCUGGGCAAGGUGCGGAAAGACCAGCUGAAAGUCGUUCUCGCGCACAUGGAGGACGGCGAGCGAGCGGAGGGAGAGGAGAGAUGA